ACAGUACUUCCUUUCUCUACAUAUAAGAACCUGAGAUCUGAUUCUCGUCACAACAGGGUACUUAAUCCCAACCAUGCUGCUUCUAGACACCUGGACCCACAUUCUUCACAGUGUCCUGCUGUUGAUCCUGCUUCUGGGACUUAAAGGAGCAGCUAUGAAAGAGCUGAAGGUGAUCCAGCCUGAGAAGACAGUGUCUGUUGGUGCUGGAGGCUCAGUCACUCUGAACUGCACAGUGACAUUCCUGUUACCUGUGGGGCCCAUCAAGUGGUUCAGGGGUGUAGGACAGAGUAGACACUUUGUAUAUAGUUUCACAGGAGAACACUUCCCCAGAGUAACAAAUGUUUCAGAUGUUACAAAGAGAAACAACAUGGACUUUUCCAUCCACAUCAGUAAUGUCACUCUUGGAGAUGCGGGUACCUAUUACUGUGUGAAGUUUCAGAGAGGAUCAUUAGAGCCUGACACUGAGUUUCGUUCUGGAGGAGGCACUGAGCUGUUUGUACUUGGAGCAACUAUGAAAGAGCUGAAGGUGAUCCAACCUGAGAAGACAGUGUCUGUUGGUGCUGGAGGCUCAGCCACUCUGAACUGCACAGUGACAUCCCUGUUUCCUGUGGGGCCCAUGAAGUGGUUCAAGGGUGUAGGACAGAGUAGACACUUUGUAUAUAGUUUCACAGGAGAACACUUCCCCAGAGUAACAAAUGUUUCAGAUGUUACAAAGAGAAACAACAUGGACUUUUCCAUCCACAUCAGUAAUGUCACUCUUGGAGAUGCGGGUACCUAUUACUGUGUGAAGUUUCAGACAGGAUCAUUACAGCCUGACACUGAGAUUCAUUCUGGAGGAGGCACUGAGCUGUUUGUACUUGAACUGAAGACAUCAGGUAUUACUAAAUCCUUUGUAGCUGUGCUACUUGGAUCCAAACUACUGCUGAUAAUUGCUGCCACUGUCAUCUACAUGUACAAGAAGCAAAAGGCCUGAAUAGGCUCAACACGGAAAUAUAUGCUGAUGAGAAGCCAUUGAAUACUGCUACUAAAGACUCCAUUAGAAGGACAACUUCAACUCAUAAUAUCUUGUUGCUCCUUUGGAUAUGUGUUUCUAUCCCAGAUCUCUAAUGCUGCACAUAUUACUUUGUCUUCUUGGUGUUUUUAUAUUUAUUAUAAAAGUUUAAGGAUGUA